GAACAAUCACUCGCCAUUGAUAUUUUCCCCUUUUCUUCUGUCUUUGCCAGUAACAAACCUUAUCUUCUCGAUUCAAACGAACUUUUUUUUUAUUUCGGCUGGUUCCUUCGUUCAGGAUUUGUUUUGCAUGAAAAACAUUGUUUUCCGAUAAGGAAAACGAAAGACAGGAGCUUUAGAUGAUGGUGGAUGCAGGCGGAUGUGCGGAGCAAGGCAAAAACAUUAUGACGGCGGCGAAGCAUGUAAACAACAGGGUCAGGUACGCCAAGAAGACAAUCAAGAAGAACAACAGAUCAUCGUCGUGUAAGAAGAUGAGAAGAGAGGUCGUGUUUCCACGGGUACCGGAAGUUCUGCAACAACUCUUUGUUUCCUGUAGAGAAAUCUUCAAAGGCCCUGCCAAUGUUCCUCCUGCUUCUGAUGUAGGCAAGCUCUGCAAUAUUCUAGAUAAGAUGAAGGCAGAAGAUGUUGGGCUUAGCAAAAGUCUGCACUUCUUCAAGGCAAGGGGUGCGGUCAAAGGGACUCCAAGAGUCACCUAUACUACCAUUUACCAGUGUGAUGAGUUCUCGUUGUGCAUUUUCUUUCUUCCGGAAAUGGCGGUCAUCCCGCUGCAUAACCAUCCUGGGAUGACUGUUUUCAGCAAGCUUUUACUCGGAACAAUGCAUAUAAAAUCAUACGAUUGGGUUGAUCCGGGCGAUACGAAUGACACAAUCCCAUGCUCCCAAUUGAGAUUGGCAAGGUUGAAAGCUAACGAUGUCUACACCGCGCCGUGCGACACGUCGGUGUUGUAUCCUACGAGCGGAGGCAAUAUCCAUGAAUUCACGGCCAUAACACCAUGCGCGGUGCUCGAUGUUAUCGGCCCUCCGUAUUCCAAAGAAGACGGCCGCGAUUGCUCCUAUUACAAAGAUUUUCCCCGCAUGGAUCAUGCAGAUGGAGAAAGAAGAGGAGUGAGUGAAGAAGAGGGAGAAGGUUAUGGAUGGUUGGAAGAAAUUGAAGUGCCAGACGGUGCAGAGAUGGAUAGAAUUGAGUAUUUGGGUCCUCAGAUUAUACAAUCACCACUAUUUAGCUUUAUAAAUAUCUUGUAGAUAGUGGGAAAAAUAUCAAGGAUUUUUAUACAAUCACCACUGUUCAUUUGAUAAACUAUACAUUUUUUUAUUGUUUUCAUACUUUUACAUACGAAA